AUGCUUGUUUGGGGUGCUUUGGAUAACAAAACCUUGAAGAAAUGGAAAAUCGUCAAGGCAAACAAGGAGCUCAAGACACAGCAAAUCACUGGGCUAAGAGAGUUUAGCUACAGAGAGCUUUACGCAGCUACGAAAGGGUUUCACUCGAGUCUCGAGCAGAGUCAUCGGAAGAGGAGCGUUUGGGAACGUGUACAGAACCAGGUUCGUUUCCUCUGGAACGAUCUCCGCUGUGAAAAGGUUGAGGCACAACUCAACCAAAGGCAAAAGGGUUUAGGGUUUAGGGUUUAG